ACAAAUCUUACUGCUUCUAGGGAAGCAUUCGUCACUAGCUGAAAAGCGGAAAUUCCAUCACAGAGAUCGGCUUUCAACCCGUUUUAAAUUGUUGUUUGGGCUUUUUGCUUGUCGCUUCGCAAAUGUGAUGCAAAACAAAAAGAACCGAACAAAGAACGCGGAGAUUUGCGACGGAUCGGAAGAUCUGGAGAUGGCUAAUGGACGGGAGUCCCCUGUGGCUCUGCGGGAUCGUAAGCUCCAGAAAGCUCGGAUCGUUGGCCCUGAUAAAUCCGGCAGAUAGCCCAUCGAGAGCAGUUCUCAUCCAGCCUUAGAUCUUAGCACAUCAACAUCAUGCAGCCGGUUCGAUUCGGAUCUCCUUGGAUUAUGGCCAUUGGGCUGGUGCUACUACUGCUGGCAUUCGUCUCCGCCGGAAAGUCGCGUCAGCGUUCGCCAGCCAAUUGCCCCACCAUCAAGCUGAAGCGUCAGUGGGGCGGCAAGCCUUCGUUGGGACUCCACUACCAAGUGCGUCCCAUCCGCUAUGUGGUCAUCCAUCACACGGUCACCGGCGAGUGCAGCGGACUGCUCAAGUGCGCCGAGAUUCUCCAGAACAUGCAGGCGUAUCAUCAGAACGAGCUGGACUUCAACGAUAUUAGUUACAACUUCCUGAUCGGCAACGAUGGUAUCGUAUACGAAGGCACUGGUUGGGGAUUGCGCGGUGCCCACACCUAUGGAUACAAUGCCAUUGGCACGGGCAUAGCCUUUAUCGGCAACUUUGUGGAUAAACUUCCAUCGGAUGCGGCUCUCCAGGCGGCCAAAGAUCUGCUGGCCUGCGGAGUGCAGCAGGGUGAGCUGAGCGAGGAUUACGCCCUGAUCGCCGGCUCCCAGGUGAUCAGCACCCAGAGUCCCGGACUGACUCUAUACAACGAGAUCCAAGAGUGGCCGCACUGGCUCUCAAAUCCCUAAAUCAACUACAAGUAAUUGCAGUAGUCUGCCAGAAUGAGCAUAUCAGUUUAGUAAAGUAAAUAAACCAAUGUUGUUG